AUGACUUCAGUAACACCUUUACGAGCUACGGAUCUACUCUAUAACAACCAUGUUAACCUCGAUAUUUUGACUGAAGUUUUUUACUCAAACUUCUAUUUUGAGUAUCUCGCACGGUGGCCCACGCUCUGCUUCAAAACCUCGUCGCCUGCCCCAGAUGUAGGUGCUCGCGACGUGUGCACUGGAUACAUGUUGGGCAAAGUUGAGGGUGCUGGCCAUGAUUGGCAUUCACACAUCACAGCUGUCACUGUUGCAUGGGACUACCGGUGCAUGGGGCUGGCCAAGUACUUGGUGCGCGAGCUUGUGGACCGCUCAGAUAAUCCACUCAAUAAUUGUUACUUUAUGGACUUGUUUGUGCGAGCUUCAAAUCGUUUGGCAAUCAACUUAUACAAAAAUCUGGGCUUUGAUGUAUUUAGGAGAAUUCGUGGUUACUAUUCUUCAACAACUGAACCAAGUGAAGAUGCAUUUGGUGAGUAUAAUAAUAAUAAUAACAAAAAUCAAUUAGACUACGGUUAA